AGGUCGUCUUCCUCCUCCGUCUCCCCACUUGCGGGAGAGAAGAGAAGGUUCAGAGUAGCACACGCUGCACCGCGCGCAGCCUCGAGCUCGAGGAGAGGGAGAUUUGGCCCCCCGAUGGCGAGGCCGAGGGCGCCGCUGCUGCGGCGGAUGCUGCUGCUGUGCGCGGUGGCGGCCUCCUGCUCCUACUACCUCCUCGUCCUCCACGCGCAGGCCUCCGUGCCGCCGCGCUACGACGGGUUCGCCUACGGGGACGCCGCCACCGCCGCCUGGAAGGACACCAUCCUCGUCGAGGCCUUCCUCGACCCGCUCUGCCCCGACAGCCGCGACGCCUGGGCGCCCCUCAGGCUCGCCGUCGACCGCUACGCCCCCAGGGUCUCCCUCAUCGUCCACCCCUUCCCCCUCCCGUACCACACCAAUUCAUUCCUUGCCUGCCGUGCACUUUACAUAGCUAACAAAUUGAACUCAUCAUCGACCUAUCCUUUGCUGGAGCUGUUCUUCAAGAGCCAGGGUAAGUUCUACAAUGCUGCAACAUCCUCACUAUCGAGCACUGUUAUAAGUGGCGAGAUGUCAAAGCUGGCAGCACGGGUUGUCGGUAAUUCGGUGUCUGAGUUCCAGUCAGGCUUCAGCGAUAUAAGGACUGACCUAGCAGCGAGGGUUUCCUUCAAGUAUGGGUGCACGAGAGGAGUAGCCGGUGCACCGUUCUUCUUUGUGAACGGAUUCCUUCAGCCUGGUGGUGGAUCGCCUAUUGACUACAGCACAUGGGUCAGCAUCCUGGAUCCCCUCGCUGGGCAGCAUGGCGAUAGAUUAGAGAUGUUCACCUCUAUUGAUGAGGGCAGACGCUAGAAGAGGUGGCAUGUAGAACUUCACAUCUCCAGCCCCAACUAAAAUACUUGAAGUACCAGAGAUAACUAAAAUAACAGAAGUGACAAUGUCUGUAGUGCUUCACCAUUGUUCUUGCAGCUGGCAUGCGUAAUGAUGGUGUGAAUCACAUUUCUCCGGUGUUACCUUGGAGCCAUUUUUGUUAAGUACAUGGAUGGGACUCUAGAGUAUCCAGUUCUUAUACGACAUAAGAUUACCUUCCAUCUACUCUCUCCGUCCCAUAAUAUAAAAGAUUUUGAAGGGAUGUGACACUUUACUGUGAAUCUGGACAUGGAUCCCUCCGGUUUUUCUUA